AUGCCAGGAGAAUCCAACUCGAUCGCGGCGGCCUCGGCGCCGUCCAAGCUGCGCGGACCCAUCGUGCUACCGUCGCACCAACUGCCCGAACGAUUCUACCUCGGUGGACCACGGAUCUCGUCCUUCCGCGGUGAGGCGUCUGGCUCGCAACGCGAACCGGAAGACUGGGUAGCCUCGACCACCUGCUGUGCUGGCCACGACUCGCUCGGACUCACCCGUCUGCCGCAGACCGACACGUUGCUGGUGGACGAGAUCUCUGCCGACCCGAUCUCCUGGCUCGGCGCCACGCACUACCGCAAGUACGGCAAGGACACCAAGCUGCUGAUCAAGCUGCUCGAUGCAGGACAACGAUUGCCCAUCCACGCUCAUCCGCACGUCGAUUGGGCGAGGAUCCACGUCAACCGCAACCACGGAAAAGCCGAAGCCUGGCACAUCCUCAACUCGGGCGAAGUGUACCUCGGACUGAAGCAAGGUGUCUCGGAAGCCGAGAUGUUGAAACUCGUGGAUGCGCAGGAGAUCGAAACCAUGUUGGCCAUGAUGCAUCGAGUCGAGGUGGAGGAAGGCGAUACGGUGUACGUUCCACCGGGGAUGCUGCACGCUAUCGGGGAGGGGAUCCUGCUGGUCGAGGUGCAGGAACCCGAGGACAUGAGCAUCUUGCUCGAGUGGCGCGAUUUCCAGCUAGAUGGUCGCAAAGACGGUCACCUCGGACUAGGCUUCGAAAAGGCCAUGACCGCGGUGGACGUUUCGACGUUGACAGAGGGCGAGCUGCACAAGCUCGUGGUGAGGAGCAAAGGUAGGAAGAGCAGCAACUUGCUGGCCGACUCUGCCCUAGAAUACUUCCGAAUGGACAAGUUUGAGGAGGAUGUCGAGGUCGAUGCUGGUUUCCAGGUCGUGGUGGUGCUGAAAGGCGAGGUCGAGGUCAAGGUGGGUUCAGCAGAGAGCAAGACGACGUUGAAGACGGGAAGCACGACUCUGCUGCGUCACGCCGAUGGGAAGGUCGAGUUCGACAUUGGUGCAGAAGGUGCGUUUGUCGUCGUUCGUCCGCCUUUGUAA